CACGUUCACAUCGUCGCCAGUUUCUGCGGAACUCACACGGAUAUUCCGGCGAUCAAUUAGAGCCCGGAGUAGUUCAGACGGAUCCCCUGCAACGCGUAUAAUAUUGUUAUAUAAGAUUAACAACUUGUGAAAUCCGCAGUGCCAGUGCGUAAAUCAAAAUGCUCGAAACGGAGGUGCUGCAACAACCGAAGCUGAGCGGACCGGCGGCGACGGACUACGACUACCCAUAUGUCUGCGGACUCAGUUCGGCGAUGAAGCAGGUGGCCAAGGAGGAGCUGCACGAGGACGAGAACAUCCGGCGGCAGGCUCUGGCCCAGUUCCGGGAGUGGAUCGAGAAGCAUCCGCACAUCCGGAAGUGCCGCACGGACGCCGUCUUCCUGCUGCGCUUCCUGCGGACCAAGAAGUUCUCCGUUCCGUCCGCCUGCGAAAUGCUCGAGCGCUACUUGACCAUCCGCCAGCUCUUCCCGCAAUGGUUCAAGCAGCUGGACAUCACCGACCCGGCCAUCAACGAGAUCUUCGAAAACGGCUACCUGGUGCCGCUGCCCCAGCGGGACUCCACCGGUCGCCAGGUCAUCCUGUCCGUGGCUGCCAAGUUCGAUCCCUACAAGUUUACUUCGGUGCAAAUGGCGCGGGUGCACAGUCUGAUCUGCGAGGCCCUACUGGACGACGAGGACUCCCAGGUGGCCGGGUACGUGUACAUCAACGAUGAGAGCGGCAUGAACAUGGGCUUCGUCAGCCUGUGGUCCUUGACCGACCUGCGCAGCAUCGUCAAGUGCAUCCAGAACUCGACGCCCAUGCGGCACAAGGAGACGCACUUCGUCAAUAUUCCCCACUACGCCAAUCGGAUCAUCGAGCUGGGCGUGUCCAUGCUGAGCGACAAGCUCAAGAAGCGAAUUAUAGUCCACAAAAAUGUUGACAUCUUGAAGACCAAGAUUGAUCCCGCUAUCCUGCCGAAGGAGUAUGGAGGCACAGUUCCCAUUGCCGACAUGAUAGCCGAGUUCAAGCAGAAGUUGCUCCAGCGCCGGGCGGCAAUCCUCGCUCUGGACGACAUGCAGAUCGAGAUCACCAAGGAUGCGGCUAAUUUCGCUGGAAAUGACAUUGGCGACCUCGAUGCCGGAGUGGUGGGCAGUUUUAGGAAGCUGGAGGUGGACUAGACUCCCCUUUCCCUUGUUGCUUAAUCCCAUCUCCUUAGGCUAAGCUAGGAUAGUCAGGAUACCAUUGAGACAGUCGACAAUACGCGCGGGCAUGCACACUUCGUACCUAUUUAAAAGCAUCACCACUAAAUUUUAUAACCAAGGUCUCGCCGGGGAUUAUGUCUCACCGUUGUGGUUCAUGUUUCUCCUAUCCUCAGUACCCCAAUAAUGGAUGGGGCUGUGGCUGAGUUUCCCAGUUGUAUAUUCCAUCCAUGCGUAACGUUAUGUUAAAUGAAUGUCUAUUUAAAUAUAUGUAUAUACUUAUUCUUGUGAAUUCGAA